AAAUGUAUUUUUGUGCUCGUAGAUAUGAUUCGUCUCGAGACAGAACGCUUUCGAUUCAAUCGACUUCUUUUGCUCGCAAUUGGUUUAUGGCCUUUUCAGAAAUCGAAGUUUGCUCAAGUUCAAUUUGCAGUAUUUCUUACCAUUCUAAUAACUUUUAUUGUAUUUCAGUUUACAACAUUUGUGACCUCAAAAUGCACAGCUGAUUUCAUCAUCAGAAUUUUAUCCUAUGCGUUCUUCUUCAUUCUAUUGACAAUUAAAUACAAUUCGUUUUGGAUUAAUGCUGAUACGGUGAAGCUUUCACUGGAACAAAUUCUACAUACUUAUAACGAAUUAAAAAACAAAAAUGAAAUUGAUAUCUUUGAAAAUUAUGGCAAAGAAGCACAAUUAUAUACGGCUGUAUUUACAAUGUUUGCUGUGUUCUGUUGGUGUGUUUUUCUCACACUGCAAAUGUGGCCCUUUAUUAUCGCAGUAAUUCUACCUAUGAACAAUUCCCGUCUACAUCCAAGGAAUUAUAUCACAACAGAAUAUUUUGUUAAUCAAGAAGACUAUCACUUUUUAAUUUUUUUACACUUAAACGCAGCCCUGUGGGUAGGAGUAACUGCAAUGAUAGCAGUAGGAACGAUGUUGUUAACAUAUUUUUGGUAUAUUUGCGGAAUGUUUAAUAUUGCCAGCUUUCGCAUCAAAAAAGCAAUGAUGACAAGUAUACUUCAAAAUAUUACUCAAGAAAACGAAAUUUUAAUUUACAAAGGAAUAAUCAACGCAAUAGAUAUUCAUCGCAAAGCUACAGAGUUCUCUCAAUAUUUUAUAAAAAGCUUUGAGGGAUCGUUCUUUUGUAUAAUAGCGACUUUCAUGGUUUCCUUGAGUUGCACUCUUGUUGAAAUUGUAUCUAUAAAUAAUUUUGAGGAAUUUAUUCCAUUUAGUAUAAUAAUAAUUACUGUGUUCCUGUACAUAAUUAUGGCAAACUACACUGCUCAAGAAGUUAUGGAUCACAAUAACCGUGUAUUUGCUACUGUAUAUAAAGUUCAAUGGUACAUAGCACCAUUACGUAUACAGAAAAUGCUAAUAUUUCUAUUGCUAAGAGGUAAUAAAGCUUUUAAUCUGAAUCUUGGUGGAUUGUUUGUGGGAUCCUUAGAAAGUGCUGCUAUGCUAUCAAGUGCUUCGGUAACUUAUUUUACCGUUUUGUAUUCAAUACAGUGAAAUUAAAAUAAUGCGAUGUAGUAAAUACAUAAUUUUAAUUGAAGUUACUUAAAAUUUAUACUUUAGAUAUACUUAGACAUCAUAACUAUUGUAAAUAAAAAAAAUUUUGAUUAAUUGUGAAAAUAUUAUACUUUAAUAAAAUAAUGUGAUAAUUAUAAAGAUUUUAAGUUAUUAACAACAUUGUGUAAAUAUAUGUAAUAUUUUUCAAAUUCGUAUUUUACCAGUAGAACAAAACAUACCUUUAAAGAUAUCAUAAUAAUAAAAAUUCAUAAUAAGGUCUAUAUAAUAAAUUUCUUCUUUUAAAAAAAGUGAUAAUCAAAGUAAAUCUGUAAUAUUUAAAACAUUUUUAUUAAAAUUAUAGAUUUACUUUAAUUUUUAUUAAAAAUUCGAGUAUAUGUACCUCUAAGUUAUAAUCUACUUUUAAGUUCACAAAAAGAAUCUAAUAAAAUAGUAACACAAUUCAUAUUUAAAUUUCAAAAACAAAUUCGGCAUGUUAAAUAAAACAUUGUUUAAGAGCAAAUAAUACAUUAAUUACUCUGUAAGAACAACUUGACAAAGAAA